CCAAUCACAUAAAAGAGAAAACGCAAGACUCAGUAACGUCAGAAUAACAACACUGACCGCAACAAUCCCACUUACCAUUCAUCCUCCACUAAUAUUCCUUCCAUUGUCGUUUUAUUCCUUCUCCCAAACAAAACGCACCCACCUCUCUCCGCCCAAUUCUCCGCCGUCGUUUCCACUCCUCCGGCCAUAGCAGAGGGCGUAUAAGGUUAUCGACGAUGAGCAACGUAUUCGAGGGAUACGAGCGCCAGUACUGUGAGUUAUCGGCGAAUCUAUCGAAGAAGUGCACUGCGGCUGCUUCUCUUAAUGGAGAGCAAAAGAAGCAAAAGGUUUCGGAAGUAAAGACUGGAAUUGAUGAAGCAGAAGCUUUGAUCCGAAAGAUGGACCUUGAGGCGAGAAGUUUGCAGCCAAAUAUCAAGGCUGUUCUUCUUGCUAAGUUGCGGGAGUAUAAAUCUGAUCUCAACAAUCUUAAAAGCGAAGUUAAAAAAAUUGUAUCUGGUAACCUGAACCCCUCUGCACGGGAUGAGUUGUUGGAAUCAGGCAUGGCAGAUGCUAUGACGGCAUCAGCUGAUCAGAGAUCAAGAUUAAUGAUGUCAACUGAGAGGCUGAACAAGACCAGUGAAAGAGUUAAGGACAGUAGAAGAACAAUGCUGGAAACAGAAGAGCUUGGUGUUUCAAUUCUUCAAGAUUUGCACUCGCAACGACAAUCCUUGUUGCAUGCACACAAUACGCUUCAUGGAGUGGAUGAUAACAUAGGCAAAAGUAAGAAAAUUUUGACCAACAUGUCAAGAAGGAUGGACAGGAACAAAUGGAUUAUCAGCUUCAUUGUGUUCGUCCUAGUUGUUGCUAUAGCCUUGAUUCUAUACUUCAAACUUGCAAAAUAGCCAAUUAUGACUUCUUAUUGGAUUGGGUCACAAGAUACAAGACUAGCAUUAUUUUCCUUGUUCUUGCCCCUCUUUCGGUUUCGAUUAUGUCAAUUGAGAGUGCUUGGACAAAGAUGGUGUGUUGUGCAGUGCUUCUUUCAAUGUAUGGCAUGUGUGUUAUGCCAGCUUUGUAAUGUAAGGAAUUUGAUGAUUUGAUUUUAUUCCUCUUCCACAUGAUA